AUGGAGGAGUGCGCGCAGUGCGGAGAGCGCGCAGUGGAUUACGAUGACCAGGCGCUGGCGCUCGUGUGCGCGCGAUGCGGCCACGUGGCGGACGAGGCGCAGCUCACGUCGCGCGUGGAGUUCGACGAGCUCGGGCGGGCUGGCGGCGUGCGCGUUGGCGGCGGGGGAGGCGGGGGGGAUGGCGGAGAGCCCCGCUCGUGGAUGUGGACGGCGGGGGCGGGCGGGGGGCGAUUUGGCGGCGGCGGGUGGCGGGAGGGGGCGGAGACGAAGUGGGGAGGCGGAGGGAAGUCGGCGGAAUUCAAGAGGCGGAAGAACAAGCGCGAGUGGGAGGAGCGGCUGGGCGCAGUGGUGGCGGGGCUGCGCGUGCCGGAGGGCGUGCGGGGGGACGCGGUGGGGGUGGCGGAGCGCGUGCUGGAGGGGCGGUGGGGCUCGGGGCAGUGGAUGAACGUGCUCAUGGCGGCCGCCGUGUACAUCGCUGCGCGCAACAGGCGCCUGCCCGUGUCCAUGGGGGAAGUGGCGGUGAGUGCCGUGGGGGAGGUGGGCAUGGGGGAGGUGGCGCUGAGUUGUCCCUUUUUUGUCCUCUUUCAUGAUUCUCUCCUAAUCUUGCACGCCACGGACUGCGAGCUGGCGGCGGUGUGGGCCAUGUUCAAGCGCAUUAUGACGUACUUCCCAAUGCUGCAGCCGGAGCAGGUGGAUCUGGUCAGCCAUGUGUGGAGGGCGGUGCAUGCCAUGCCUGCACUCAGGGAGUGGCAGGGCGAGGGGGGGAGGCAGGCGCUAGUGGGGGACGCCAUGAGGCUGCUCACCUUCGCUCACUCUCUCUCCCUGCACACCGGCCGCCAUGCCGCCCCGGUACCUCCCCUCGCCCAUGCCGCCCCGAUAGCAGCGGCGGCGCUGCUGCUGGUGGCGGGGGCGAGGGGGGUGGUACUGGGGGAGGCGGAGCUGUGCGCAGCCAUGGCAGUCCCACCAGCCACAGUGAGGCAGCGCUUCUCAGAGCUCACGCGCGCCCUCACGCGCCUUGCACGCUCGCUGCUGCUCCCGGGCGCCCACCACGUGGCCUCUCAGGCAGCCUUCCACCGCCUGCUGCCCUCCAUCCUUGCGCUGCUGCCGUCGCCGUCCCGAGUGGGCCAUCGCUUCGUGAUGCCAUCUGCUGACGUGGACAGGCAUGCUGAUGUGGCAGAUCAAGCUGCUGAUGUGGCUACCCCAAGUGUUGAAUCUCCAGGAGGUGAAAGGGGAGCGGCAGAGCAGGUAGGGAAGGCAGGUGGUGUGAAAAGCAGAGGCGGGACGGGGGAAGGCGAGGGUCCAGGCGGAGAGCAAGGAGAGCAAGGAGAGGAGCGCGGGGACAGAGGCGGAGAAGAAGGAGAGGAGGGUGCAUUGGAGGCGGGCGAGGGGCGGUGCUUCAAUGAGCUGCUGCCACCUGCAUUUGAAGACAGCGUGCUGGCGCAUCAACGGCGCACUGGGGUGCUCUCCCGUGCCCGGCACCGCCUGCAGCACACCAAGCGCGACCGCUGGGGGUGUGCUGCGACAGGAGGCGCAGGGGGAGGGCUGGCGGAGGGAGCAGCUGGGGAGCGCAGCAAGGGUGGGGGUGAAGGGGGGGAGGAGGGCAGAGGGGUGGAGAGGGGUUGUGAUGGGUCGAGAAUGGAGGUGCUGUGGCGGUGGGAGGGGGUGUGCGUGGAUGAUAAAGGGGGUGGGGGGGGAGGGAAGAGGGCGAAGAGAAGCAUGAGAUGCUUUGAUGAGGGUGGGGGUGGGGAGGCAAAGGCGCGGCAAGGGCAAGAGAGCGGCAGCGAGGAGGCUGUUGUGGACUGGCUGCUGCUGCAACAGGUGGGGUGGUUCACAGCAUCCAUGCAUGAUUGUUGA